AUGAAAUUUCCUACUUCCACAGUUCUACUGCUGAGGUACGUUCCCAACUUUGACUGAUCGAGAUCUGCGUUACCGCGAGCUCGGGGGACUUGACUAAGUUGACUUGCUUCAUUACUAGCUUCGAUUCUAGCUCCACCGGCCACCAUAUCUUCUCAAUCCCGGAGCCGCCUUGCUCACGAUCAUGGGCUUGCUGAUCAGCUUCAACCUCUGCAUGACGACCCUUUUUGUCCUCUCCUUGCUGAUCGCCUUUCUUAGCCAAACCAGAACUGAAGCUGCUGCUACCCACCUCAACACUGCCUGCCCAAACACAACCACUUUCACAGCCAACAGCACCUACCAUGCCAACCUCAAGCACCUCCUCGCUUACCUCUCCUCCAACGCCACUAGCAACCUGGAAUUCUACAACGCCUCAGCCGGAAACUCCGUUGACACGGUUUACGGCCUAUUCCUUUGCCGCGGCGACAUCCCUGCCGAAGCCUGCCGAGACUGUGUUUCCGUGGCAACCAAAGAGGUUGUCGACAGCUGCCCCGAGGAGAAAAUGGCAGUGACUUGGUACGAUGUGUGCAUGUUACGCUACUCUAACCGGUAUAUCUUCUCCACCAUGGUCCCCGACCCUACCUAUUCUUUUUCUACCCAACAGAGAGUUCCGGAGCCUAACCGGUUUGACGAGCUAGUGAUGGCAACAAUGAAUGAUUUGGCAAGCCGCGUUUCAAAUGUUGGGUUUGGAGCCAAGAAGUUUGGGAUGAAAGAAGCGAAAUUCACAGCGUCACAAACGCUGUACACCUUUGUGCAGUGCACGCCAGACCUGUCGGGUUCCGAUUGCAAUAGGUGUCUUCGGAUAGCGAUGACGAAUCUUCCGGGUUGCUGUGGUGGAAAGGAAAGCGGCGUAGUUUUGUUUCCGAGUUGCGUUGUUGCGUAUUCUGUGGACCCGUUUUACCUGCCGGUAAACAAAUCGGCGUCAACGCCAAAUCCAGCACCUGUUCUUCCACCUCCUAGGCCUGGUGAUUUUUUUUUUUCCUUUUACUUCGUAUCAUCCCAAACUUCUAAGAUAUUGAAGAAAACAUUGCUCGACUCUAAGAUGUGUGGUUGGUUCCCUUAA